AUGCAAUUCACUAAACGAUUAUCGAAUGUAUCACAUUCUAGAUCAUCAUCAGCAUCAUCAUUAGCACAUAACGCUAGUGGUUCACCAACUUCAAAUAGUUCGAAACAGUCACUGAACUUAAAUAAGCAUUCUUCCAAAAAAACUAAAGAGAAAAUAGUAUUAUCUAUCACUGAACAACCAAUUUUGUCCCAUUCACAAUCGAGCUCGAUGAGCUCUUCAAAUGGAAAUAUAAAUACUUACUUGAGCAACGGAGGGACCAUAUAUGAAGAAUUAGAUAACGAGGUUAAUAAUACUUUGAGAAAAUCAAUAAAUUCAAAUGUACUUAAGCCAACAACAUCUGGUCAGUAUUUGCAUAUUUCUCCAAUGGAGAGAGAAAAUUCAAACUCAUCAAAUAAUAUUAUACUUCCAUGGGAUACUACUGAUCCGAACAAGUGGACUACUGAACGUAUAGUAUUAUGGUUAAAAUUUUAUGAAUUUCCUGAUCUUUGGAUAAGAUUUUUUGAAAAGCAUCAAAUAAAUGGGAAUAAUUUUAUUAGACUUUUAGCUAAAGAGAAUUUUGCAUUGUAUGAAAAAUAUUUACCUGAAUCGAAGGCUGGUUCAUACAAUAGAUUUCAACAUUUGCUAAAAGAAACAAUGUCAAAAAAUGUCACAUAUAAUUAUGGAAGGAACAAGAACUCAGAUAAAAUGAAACCAACUAGAUCAUCUAGUGAAGCUAACAAUAUUCCGACCAAAUUAGCAGACCCAACGACAACACGAUCAACUUCAGAUUCUAUUGUAAAUACUACCAAGGUGCCGACUGGAUCUUCGAAAUUUAAAGAAGCUAACGUUUCUAUUAAUAAACAUAAAAAGACAAAGAGUACAAGUUCAAUAUACCGAAGGAGUUUUAUUUCUCUUCGAAGUGCUGCCAAUUUUAGUCAACCACCAACAAAAUCACAUAAUGAUAUCAAUUUGAAAAUACCAAUACAAGAUGUCACUAAUCAAAAUCCUAAAUUAUUGAGUUCAAAAUCAGCAACAACUCCCCCAAUGUCACCGAAUAUAUUUAGGAGACACCAAAAGAGUAAUUCAUCUGAUUCGUCAUUAUUUAAUUUUUUAUUUGGUACGACAGCCGGUACUACACCCAAUACAUCCACUGCAAAAUUACAACCUCAUUUUAAAGGGACUAAUGAACCAACUGUAUCCAAUAAGAGUACUAAAUCAGUGAUAGCAUCGAGCGACUCAAAUAAUGCUACACUAACUUCUCAAAAAUUUGAUAAAAAUAGCCAAUCAAAAUCACAAGAGUAUAAUUCGAUUAUACAUCCAACGAAGUCGGCUGAUGCAACACUUACGCGACCAUCAAAGAUUACUUUACCUCAAACAAAUCUCUCUUUUGAAAAUGUUACUGAUACCACAGCAGAUAGAAUAGAGAUAAACUUUAAUGUAGAGAAGAAAGAUGAAGAUAAAACUGAAAACGUAAAGGAGAGUAAGAGUUCAGAUUUCAAAGAUUCUUCAAAGAAUAAUGGAAUUUUAUUGAUAGAUGAUAAAUAUAAACCUGUGCCAAUUGAGUCUAAUAUCGGUUCUCCUUAUAUUUUAAUUACCAAGGAUAAUAGUUUCUUUUAUCCUAUACCUUGGAAUCCGGAGAAAUCACUAGAAAAAUUCAAAGAACAUAUUUUACAUGUUUUGAGUUUAAAAGGCAAACCAGUUACGAUCCAUUUGACUGACUAUGAAAAUGAUCCCGGUCAUUCACUUCCGGAUACACUUGUAACCAAAUUACUUGCAGAACUACCGAAGAAUGAUACAUUGAAGUUCCUAAUAAAAGAUCGUUCGAAACCCCACUUACGUUCAAGAGCUGCUACAGUUUCUAGUGAACCAAACGUUUCACUUAGAUCAGUGAAAAGCAGAGGAUCUGUUCGUUCUAUUAACAGCACUAACAUUAACUCCAUUGAUCAAUUUACCAUCACUUCAUCAGAUACAAAUUCUUACGACGAUCGUGUAUCUUCAAGUGCAAAAAGAUACCCUCAGACACCAAGUCAUUAUUACGACUAUACUAAUAGUGAAGAAACAAAUUAUUGGAAUGUUAAAGAUAAUCAUGAUGACGCAUCAUCAUUGAAAUUAAAAUCCAAACAAUCUUUAUCAAACUUGCAUGCAGAAAAGAGUAUCUCCUAUUUUUCAACUCCUGAUAGUAGAACGUCUGACUUUGUAAGUAAAGAAGAUUUAACUGAAACUGACAGCAGAAAGUUAUCACAAUCGGAACUGGCUCCAAAGAGAGAUGCACCAAAAGCACCGGGAAGCAUCUCACCUCAACAAAGAUUAUCAUUAUCUAAGAAAUCCUCUCUAAAAUUAAAAAGGGCUGCAACCAAACUUACAUAUUCUGGUAGUGUAAAUAGUCCACCAAAAUUGCAACAUGGCUCACCAGAAUAUAAAGCACAACCAAUAGAAGCUACUGUCUCAUCCUACACACCUGCAUCUACUCAUGUGCUAGUACCACAGCCUUAUAAAGGAGCAUCUGACUUCAGCAGAAAAUCAAAAGCUGAUGAUGAAAUCCCAACUGCAUCUAUCCUAAAACAAAUAACGGCGAACAGAAAAAACUCGAUGUCAUCUGUUUUAACCAAAAGACCAUCAAUUGGUUCCCGUGCUAAUUCUAAGAGAAUAAUAUCAUCCUCAUCUGCAGCUGAUGUAUUUGAAGAGAAUAUAAUUAAUUUUUCUGAUGCCCCCAACCUAUCAGAAUCUGAUACUGAUGAUUCUUUAGAUGAAAUAAUUUGGACGAAAAAGAAAGAUCACGAUGACAAUAAUGAUGGGCGUUCAAAUGAUACCGAUGACAAUUCAGAUUCAUCAGAUGAUAUAAUCUGGUCAAAUGCUAAUAGUUCUAAAAACUCUAUCAACAAAUACCAUGAUGCUACAAAUAUUUUAGAAGAUGAAGGCGAUAUUCAUGCUUCUAGGAUUAAGGACGGUAAUAAUCAUUUGGAACAGAACUCAUUACAAAAAGGAAACGAUGGACUUUCUAGAAAGAUGACUCUAAGACCAUCUCCUGAAGAAGUUUAUAAGAAUCUUGAAAAGUUUUUCCCAGAGGCAAACCUUGACAAACCAGUUCUUGAAGGCCCAACUCCACCAUCAUCACCUAAUAUAGGAAAUCAAUCGUUCCCAAAUAGAGGUCAUACAGCAAACACUGAUCUAUCUUCAACAGCUGGAUCAUCUGAUACAAAAGCAGAUGUAAUGAAUAAAUCAUUUUUUUCAUCAAAACCUUUAAAAAGAACUAAAACAAUAAGAACUAUUGCACACGAAGCCAGUAAGGCAAGAAAAAAUUCUAGAAAAAUUACUAGACAAAAUACUAAGAUGUGGGGUACAAAGAUAUUUGAAGUUACGGACACUCAGGGCUUACCUAUUAAUAAAUCUAAAAAUUCCAGAGGUGAAUACAAUGAAUUUGCUUGGAUGAAGGGUGAAAUGAUAGGCAAAGGUUCAUUUGGUGCUGUUUUUCUUUCUCUUAAUAUAACCACAGGAGAAAUGAUGGCUGUAAAACAAAUUGAAGUUCCAAGCUAUGGCUCUCAAAGUGAAACUAUGUUAAAUACCGUGGAAGCAAUGAAAUCAGAAGUUUCCACUUUGAAAGAUUUAGACCACUUGAAUAUUGUUCAAUAUCUAGGGUUUGAAAUGAAACACAAUAUUUACAGCUUAUUUCUGGAAUACGUUGCUGGUGGUUCAGUAGGUUCUUUAAUCAGGAUGUAUGGGCGAUUCGACGAUAAACUAAUUCGUCAUUUAACAAACCAAGUUCUUGAAGGCUUGUCUUAUUUGCAUUCUCAAGGUAUCUUACACAGGGAUAUGAAAGCAGAUAAUCUGUUAUUAGAUCAAGACGGUAUAUGUAAAAUCAGUGAUUUUGGGAUUUCAAAAAAAUCUGAAGAUAUUUAUUCAAACUCAGAAAUGACGAUGAGAGGAACUGUUUUUUGGAUGGCUCCCGAAAUGGUAGAUACGAAACAAGGUUAUAAUGCAAAGGUUGAUAUCUGGUCUUUAGGUUGUGUGGUUUUAGAAAUGUUCGCCGGUAAAAGACCUUGGUCAAACUUUGAAGUUGUUACAGCAAUGUACAAGAUCGGCCAGUCUAAGAGCGCACCACCUAUUCCAGAGGAUACGAAAGAUUUAAUUUCACCAACUGCCAAAAAUUUCCUGAAUCAAUGUUUUCAUAUUGACCCAAAAGAAAGGCCAACAGCAGGACAGCUUCUGGAGCAUCCAUUUUGUUAUAAUGAUGAUUCAUUCAUAUUUAAUAAGACUAAAUUAGCCGAAUUUAUCAAAUCUAACGAUAAAAUAAAUUCAACGAAGUUAAGGAUUACAUCUCAAGAGUAA